AUGGCUAAUAAAAACUUUAAAAACCGUCCUUCCAAAAUCAAUCUCCUACACAUCGAUGGAAAAAUAUUACAAGAUCGUUUUUUUGAGCCUCUAAAUUUGACAGUAGAAAAAGUGGCUCAAGAUAUUAAAGAAAAAGAUCGGAACGAUUUAGAUUUGGCUUGCCGAUUGGCUUAUUAUUUUCAAAUCGGAUCCGAAGUAUUUUUAAACAUCCAACAAAUUUAUGAUUUAGAUGCUGGAAAGAAGACAAACAUGGAUAAUCCUGAAACAAUACUCACAAUUUUAAUAGGUUUAGAAGUUCAUAUCACUCUGGCUAAAUUAGGAUAUUUAGGGGUUUUACCCAUAAUUAAUCCUGAAGUGGUUCUUUUAGGGCUAAAAUUGGCUGCGGCUUUGAAUAUGAAAAUUAGUCCUUUCGUUCUCUUUGACCGCAAAAUGUAUAAUUAUUUUGAUUUACCCAAGGGCUACCAAAUUACGCAACAAGAAAUUCCCUUGGCAACGCAAGGCCAUUUACCAAUUAUUCUACAAAAUCGGACAGUCAAAAUACCCAUCAAAGUUCUCCAAUUAGAGGAGGACACGGCUAAAAGUACUUACUCAUCCUCCGGGGUUAAAUUAGACUUUAAUCGUUCUGGUAACCCCUUAAUUGAAUUAGUUACCGAGCCGGUUUUUAAGCAAGUAGAAACAGUUUUAAUAUUUAUUAAACAAUUACAAAAUCUUUUGCGUUAUUUGGAAAUCUCCGAAGCCAAAAUGGAAAAAGGACAAUUAAGAGUGGAUUUAAAUUUUUCGUUACAAUUAGGGGGUAGUUACUCUACCCCCCGCUACGAAAUAAAAAAUCUGAAUUCGCUAGCCAACAUUGAAAAGGCUCUCCAGCAAGAAGUUAACAAGCACCAAUCGCUGUUUUCUGAGGGACAAAAACCUCCUCUUAGUCAAACACUCGGAUUUGACGAAGCCCACCAAACUACUGUUACUCACCGCGAAAAAACUAAUUACUACUAUUUGCCAGAAGUCAAUAUCCCUCCUAUCAAAAUCUCCUCCAAAGAAAUCAAAAAAAUCGUUCAAAAUCUCCCUCCUUUGCCCUGA